AUUCCCCCAGAUCAACAGCGUCUUAUAUUUGCUGGCAAGCAGCUGGAAGAUGGCAGAACACUUUCUGAUUACAACAUCCAGAAGGGUAUGUCUGCCUAUUCAGUGACCAGUCAUUUUGCGGUAAAAAUGUCUUAUGUCGUUUUGCUUAAGAAGUGAAACGAGCACUACACAUGUGUCCACCGUUUUUUCUCAGCCCUGAUACAAAAAAGUGUGAUAUGCAUUGAUAUACACUCAGUCUUCAGUCACUGAUCAGGCGAAAAUAUUUAGGGAACUGACCCAUCAGCAAAGUAACUUACAGUAUGUUGUAAGACGUAGGCAAACAGGAUCGAUGUUGGUGAAACAACUGUUACUGGUAACGUCCUAUUCAUAUCUGUUUGCCUAUGUUCGUUUACCAGUCAAUUCUUCCUGAAAAACACCUCUGUAAGGUCAUACCACCCUUUGAGUAGUUUUGGGAAUCAGCUGAGAUUUCAUUAUCAAUCAAUGAUUUUUUUUGGCUGUAUACCACUAUUAUUAAUUACCCUCAUUUUGUGCCCUGUAUUUGAACACAUCAAAAACAUAAAAAAGGAUCAUCAGAUUACAGCUGCAUAACUAUUCCAUGAUAAUUAAUUUAACAUCAUCCACUUUCAAUUAGGGUAUCACAUUUCUUAAGGUUUUCAGUCAGUGUUCAAUUAGAAUGAUUAUAAUAUCAUUGCUGAUGGACACAGCAACAAUGAAGAAUGUCUUUAAGAUGGUGUUAAAGUUGUAGUACUUUUCUGUCAACAGAGUCAACUCUUCACCUUGUGCUAAGGCUGCGUGGUGGAGUUAUUGAGCCCAGUUUGCGUAUUUUGGCUCAAAAGUACAACUGCGACAAGAUGAUCUGCCGAAAGUAG